GGUGGAGUAAAGAGAGUGGAGGGAGAGAGUGUAUGUAGGCAUGCAAGUGAGACUCCAGGGAAGGAGUGACAGGCAAAGAGGGGAAGAAAGCCAGAGCGACAGAGGGGAUCUCUGAGGAUACACGGAUGAGAAAGAGGUGUGGGGGAGCCAAGGAAGAGGAGCCUGAGUGUGUAUCGCCCAAGGGGGAGUUCAUACACACCGCAGACAGCACACACACUCCAGCGGGCACUCGGCACUGUUUCCCUGACAACUAGAAUGGGCUGCAAUUUGUGCACCUUGCAGAAACGGGAGGAACACUACAAACUGCUCUACGAGAUCGCACAGGUGAAUGGUUUGGCCAAGGUUGAACAUGAUGAGGCAGUGGUGGAGGCCAUCAGGCGAGACCCUAUCGUUGUCCAGGUUCUCCGACGUACCCCCACCAGAGCCGCAGCGGCUGUCGUACAUAACAGCAGCACCAGCUCGCCGCAGGAUGUGUGUGUGGUUGAUGUGUGCACGCAAACAGACAUCACCUUUGAACAUAUUAUGGCACUGGCCAAGCUUCGGCCUGCUACCCCACCAGUUCCUGACAUUUGUCCCUUCCUGCUGUCUGACAGCUGUCACUCAAUCCACACCAUGGAACAUGAGUUUUAUGAAUGUCCAGAGUACCUGUCUAACACCACAGCAGAUGUGGAGAGGAUCGUAGAGUAUGAGUAUGAGGAAGUGGAGCUAUGCAGGCAGAACAGCCAAGAAAAGCUGGGCCUGACACUGUGCUACAGGACUGAUGAGGAGGAGGACACUGGGAUCUAUGUGAGCCAGGUUGAGCCGAACAGCAUAGCAGCGAAAGAUGGGCGCAUAAAGGAAGGAGAUCGUAUUCUGCAGAUAAAUGGCUGUGAAGUACAAGACAGAGAGAAGGCUGUUGCCCUGUUGUCAAGUGAAGAAGCAAGGAGCAUCACACUACUGGUGACAAGGCCAGAAAUCCAGUUGGAUGAGGAGGCUGGAUGGCUGGAUGAUGAGCAACAGGAGCUCAUGGAGGAGAUCCUCGAGGAGAGGAGGAAGCAGAAGGAACAUGGCUUUGACAAGGGAGAUGAGCAUCAAGCUGAAGAAGGCAUGACAACAGAUACAGCUACAUGUUCUUCCAACAAUCAAGACAGUGGGUUUGGACGCAGUACGGACAGUCCGGAGCACCAACCACUGCUGGCUAAACUCCAAAGAAGGAGCCCAGCUCAUUGCCUAAGGGAGCGGUGGCGGGCAGAGCAUCCCCACACCAGGCGAGGAGCUGUUGUCCCACGGGAAAACCAGAGCACGAGAACACUGUCCACAGGCCAAGGCCACGAAGGGGUAGGGAGUGUUCGCAAUAGUGGAGGUGGGAUCUUGGGUUUGGAGAAUCGUUUCCAGCAACUCUUGGAGCUCAAGUGUCAGAUCCGAAACGGGGGUGAGUGUGGGGUGUACUCAAUUCGACACAGUAUAGAGUGUAGCCUUACCGAACAAGGGGGGGAGGAUGGCGAUUGCGUAGAUGACAUAGGGGGCGGGGGAGGGGUGGAGCAGGAGUUGAGGAUGCUAAACGAGGAACUGCGCAGCAUUGAGCUCGAAUGCCAGAGCAUUAUGCAGGCCCAUCAGCUCCGCCAGUCCUAUCAGCAGGAGCACUCACAGCCGUCGCCCUGUUCCCCAGGAAGGAGCACCAAAGAUGGACACAAGCGGCACGGCAGGCUGGCUGACAUUCACGAACACCCAGAGAGGUUGGAAGCCGAUAAGAUGCGCGAGAAAGAUAGCUCCAGUGCCUACAACACGGCAGAAAGUGCACGCUCAACACCACUGGGUAUGGAGAGAUCUCCUGACCACUCUCUGCAGAGACACAUCAGCAUUACCAACCAGAAAAACCUCAGACUGGCUUCUUCCACACCCUCAAGCCCUAUUCCUAUCCCCAAGCCCCAGGGCACAUCUAGUCGUAGCAGACAAGCAGAUCCAGGUCCUGUAAUCUCAAGCAGCCCUGAUCAGAGCAACCCUUCCAGGUCUGAGUCGGACCCUGCUCUGCCUGCAGAUGAUGAGAGGUGUGAGAAGAAAGGGAGGACCAGAGACUCAAGGAGAAGGCUUCCUUACGCUUCUUCAUAUCACACGACCCCUUAUCAUGGCCAGGGAGGAUCUAAGCAACUCCAGAGCUACAUGCAGCUGCUACAGCAGCAUUCAUCCGUGGAGUAUUCUCAGAGCCAGCUGAGUCUCCUCAGUGUCUGCCGAGAUCCCGUGCACCGUAACGGACGCCCUGGGGAACCACGACUAGAGUGGAAGGUCAAAGUUCGAGCUGACGGGACGCGAUACGUUGCCCGGAGGCCUGCUCGUGAUCGCAUACUGAGGGAGAGGGCGCUAAGGAUCAGAGAGGAGAGGAGCGGAGGCAUGACCACAGAUGAUGACGCCAUGAGUGAGAUGAAGAUGGGCCGCUACUGGAGCAAAGAGGAGAGGAAGCAGCACCUGGCACGAGCCAGGGAGCAAAGAAAGAGGAGGGAGUUUAUGCAAAAGAGCCGCCUGGAGUGUUUAAAGGAGGGACCAGUGAGUGGAGCUGAAGGCAGGAAGGAGAUCAAUAUCUUGGAGCUCAGUCACAAAAAGAUGAUGAAGAAACGAAAUAAAAAGAUCCUGGAUAACUGGAUGACUAUCCAGGAGCUGAUGAGCCAUGGGGCCAGAGUCCCAGAGGGCUCCAAAGUCCAUAAUGCCUUUCUUUCUGUCACAACUGUUUAAUACAAGAUAUUAAGUCAGGUAGACAGCAAUCGAGGAACUACUGCUUGUUUUUUCUCAGUGUACAUUUCUGAGAUUAAAUCAAAUACGUUAAUGCCGAAGACGUCUGUAGCAUUCCCAAAGCAACUCUGGAACUAACACUUUAAGAAUGUUUGAAUAGUUCAACAAUCAAUUGCAAGACCUCGGCCAUACAAACUGUUUUUUACGCUGGCAUUUUGGUAAUGCUCCCUGCUUCUGGUAGCACGUUGGUUCAAACAGAUUCACGUAACAGACUGAGGGACCAACACAUUAACCUUGUGUAUACCACGUACUGUGUCUCCAUUACUCUCGUUUCUUUUGUUUCAUUGCACAUGAAGCGACUUCACUUGCCUCGAUCGAGGUGUUUGGUUGUUUUUUUUAUAAUGGGGGAAAUACGAUAUUUUUCACACAGCUUUUUGUAAAGAAAUUUUUACACUGAAUGUCAAAGUACUGUAAGCAUUUUAUUCUAAUUUCUUAUUUAUGUUUGUUACCACCAAACCGUCGAUGUCAGAAGUGACACUAAUUGAUUGUAUUGUAGCCCGCAGUGAGAGAGACCUCAUUACAUUGCUAAAGGACUACGAUUCCACAUCUAGAACCACUGCUUUUAUUGUGUUGAUAAAGUCACUUGAGUCAGACUUGUCUGAUAAGCAGCACUGAAUUUAAGGCACUGAAAGACUCAAUUUUGCCAUCUCAAACGCUCAUUUUGUUCAUGAGCUGGGAGGGCUUUUUUUGAUACAGCUUUACCUCAACUUACAGAACAAACUGACCUGUCAAGUAUUUGAAUUUUGGGGCAAAAGGAAUGGCUGACCUUCAACCCUCCCUUUGAAACAUAAUCGCGUGAAUUGUGUUAAACAUGUUAAACAGAUUCUUAUUUAUAUUGUUUACUGUCGUUUGUAUUUAUUGUAAAUUCAUUUUUAUAGUCUGUCUAAAAUGUUUCGGAGCAGCUAGCCUUGAAAAUGCAACACUUUUCAAGGCGCUGUCAAUGAAAAUGUAUAAUAUUUGCAGCCUUUCAACUCAAUCUGCUGUUUUCACUGUAAAGUUAAUUGACGAGGCCUUGAGUUCAGUAUUUGUUGAUGGUGAUAUUUG